UGCUAUCAGACAAAUGAAUAUACAAUCCCGGGAGCUUUGAGGAAUGCCGCCUCUGUUCUCUUGUUAGCUGGGAGUAUAUGGUGUCACUGGCAAACUUGUCUCAGACACGUGUAAAACUAAUUUACAACCUAUUUUUAUAUCCUUAGGUUGAUGUUUAUCUGACUCAUGCACUUGUGCCACAGGAUAUAAGAAGUAGUGUAUAGGAGAGAAGGAGUCCCGGCUGAAGGCUUUUCUUUAUUCCCAGAUCCUCAGUAAAGGGGCAAGAAGAGAGUGGGGCUGUUUUGUUCUGUAUCGCUUUACCAUUCACACAAAAGACCUGGGCUACAAGGUACAAGGGAAGCUCAGGAGAGGCACCAGCCUGCAAGGAGACUGAACAAGAACAAGCCUGAAACUCACUGAUUAAAUGGAUGCUCAGGAAAAUGCUACCCAACCACCAUUCAACUCCAUCUGUUCCACCAGGCAGGUUCCUUACUCCUACGAAAUCCUGCAAAAUCUUGACAUAACUGGUAUGUUGCUCUUUGCUAUGUUAACGUUUAUGACGCUGGUAUCGCUAUUGGUGUUUUUGGAAGAAGCUUACUAUAUGUACAGAAAAAUGCCUAGCCCCAAAAAUUCCAUACUCAUUUGGAUAAAUUCUGGAGCCAUGAUGAUUGCAACAACAUCCUGUUUUGGAAUGUGGAUUCCACGUAGCACCAUGUUUACUGACUUCACUGCUUCUGUGUUCCUUGCGAUGCUAAUACACAAGUUUCAGCUCAUGCUGGUAAAUGAAUGUGGGGGAAGAAGAGAAUUUCUCAGGAAAUUUGGUGAUACGAAGCUCAAGAUUAGCACUGGUCCCUUGUGCUGCUGUUGCCUGUGCCUGCCACAUAAAGACAUUAACAGACGGACUUUAUUCAUCCUGAAGCUGGGUACGUUUCAAUUUGCAUUCCUACGCCCGGUGCUUAUGUUUCUGGCUGUAGUUCUCUGGACAAAUGGAAACUUUGUAAUCGGUAAUUCAUCUGCAGACAAUGCUACAAUCUGGAUUAAUGUUGGUGUUGGUAUUAUCACCAUAACAGCACUUUGGGCAGUGGGAAUUAUGUUCAAUUUAGUAAGAAACACCUUGAGUGAGAAAAAUAUUAUUCCCAAAUUUGCAGUUUAUCAGUUUACAGUCAUUCUGAGCCAACUGCAAACCUCAAUCAUCAAUAUUCUUGGUACAGCUGGCGUUAUCUCUUGCGUUCCUCCUCUCCCUGGCCCAUCAAGGGCUUCUUACAUGAACCAGCAGCUUCUCAUUAUGGAAAUGUUCCUGGUGACAGUCAUCUGCCGAGUGCUUUACCGGAGGAGAUAUGAUGAUAAAAAUCUAUUAGAAAACCAAGAGACCAAUGAUAAUUUACAAAACAGUAUGAUGCAUCUGAACGGCAAAGCUUUGGAAGAUGGACCCCAAAGUGUUUUUUAAGGGCACCAAGACACAUAACAUUCUCAGUGGAUUACUCUGUUCAGUAGUAGUAGUUGCUCAGCACCUCUGCCUGACCUAUACGUAUAUACAGUGUAGCUAUCACUGUGUGCCUUUAUACCUGCACUGCCUGACCAACUGCAACAUGCACUGCAUCUAUGGCUCCUGCAUCUGUGAAAACGCUUCUCCUAGUCUACCAGGGAUUGCAGUGCAUAUAACUGCAUUGACUGCUCAACCAGAAUGUAUAGUGCAUCUGCUGCACUGUAUAUUCCCUCACUGUAUGGAGAAUUCUAAACUACCAAUAACAGUAGCGAAGUCAUGACUUCAAAUACACAAUGACCUCCAAUGCAUUGCCAGUGAUACAGCUGCCUUUCUGCAUUGUAAAUAUGCAGCUGAGUCAUAUCUUACCCUUUCUGUGCCCGCAUUGCACCAUUGCAUUUUACUUUUGUGGGGUGGGCUUUUGGAAUGCCAUAUAUAAAUAUAUCUUGUAUGUAUACAGUUUGGGUAUGUUUGUUAAAUAUUUGGGAAAAAUGAUAUUGUAUUUAUAGUGCUAAUAAAUAUUAUUGUAUGGGAUACGUA